AUGGGGGACCCCCACUAUCGCACCUUUGAUAACUAUUACUACAGCUUCAUGGGCAACUGCUCAUACAUCCUGGCCAAGAACUGCAUUGGUGAUCAAACCCACCCGCUCUUCGAAGUGUCUGUGAAAAAUGAGAAAAGUGCCAAAUCACUCCUCACCGCAGUUGGUCAGAUCACCAUUAAAGUUUUUGACCAAGUUAUUGAAAUGGUCCGCAACGAGAUCAGCAUGGUCAGGGUCAACUAUGAGGUGUGGAGCCUUCCCGUGACCUUGAAACGUCCCCAAGGUCAACUGAAUCUGGUGCAGAGUGGUCUGUCAGUGAUCCUCUGGACAGACUUUGGGCUGACUGUGCAGUAUGACUGGGAGGAGUACGUCAAAAUCACCGUGCCCAGCAGUUUCAUGGGAAAAGUCUGCGGCAUGUGCGGUAACUUUGACGGACAAAAAGACAACGAUCUCAUCAAACAAGGUGGCUUGAAGUUCAAGAACUGCCAUGCUGUUAUCGAACCACACGUCUUCUUUGACAUGUGCAAGUUUGACUACUGUCGAGGUGGUGAGAUGAAGGACUACAUCUGCGACAUGUUGCAAGUCUACACAGAUGCCUGCCAAAGAGCUGGGGUUGAGGUCCAUGACUGGAGACGCAUUGCUCGCUGUCGCUACUUCCGUAGUGGCGACAAAUGCAUACGCAAGGAGGAGUGUGGCUGCCAGUAUAACGGGCGCUAUGUCCAACCUGGAGAGGCCUUCUGGGCUGACGAUCAGUGCACUCAAAAAUUAAUCUGCAACGUGGGGGGCCAACUGGACAAAGAAGAGACGAACUGCCCCUUGGGCCAGGGGUGCACAGUGGUUAGUGGUAUCCGGGACUGCUAUCCAGUGCAUUACGGCACUUGUCUGGUCUCUGGUGACCCUCACUACCUCACCUUUGAUGGGGAGGCCUUUGACUUCCAAGGCACCUGUGUGUAUGAACUGGCUGGGGUCUGCUCGAAGAAGGCAGGCUUAGAGCCGUUUGAUGUCAUUGUGCAGAAUGACGGCCGUAAUAAGCAAAAGGGUUCGAGUACAAAGCUGUUGGAAGUCAAAGUGUACGGCAACACUAUUGUGAUCAGUGAGGACAGACCUGGUGUGGUCAUGGUUAACGGAGAACUAAACAACCUGCCUGUAAACCUGAAUUCAAACAAGGUGCAGAUCUACAGGAGUGGUUUCUUUGCUGUGAUUGAGACAGACUUUAGGCUGAAGGUGUCCUACGACUGGAAUUCUGCGGUGACGGUGACAGUGCCCAACACCUACCAGGGUGACAUGUGCGGACUGUGUGGAAACUUCAACGGCAACGUCACUGACGACAUGUUGCUGAAGAACGGUCUGGUGGCGAAGACGGUAGAGGAACUGGGUCAAAGCUGGCGUGUGGCUGAAAUUCCCGGUUGUGUGAACGGCUGCACAGGCCCCUGCCCCAACUGUGACCUCACCCAGAAGAUUCAGUACGAGACAAACGCCUACUGCGGCCUGUUGAACGACCCUUCCGGUCCCUUCCGUGACUGCAUCGCCGGCAUUAACCCGAGCACAUUCUACCAAGGCUGCCUUUAUGAUGUUUGUCUUCACCAGGGCAAAGGGAGCAUGCAAUGCAAGACACUCGCUGCUUACACAGCAGCCUGCCAGGCCAAAGGACUCACUGUCUACCCCUGGCGUACAGCGACCCUCUGCAAUGCCCAGUGCCCGUCCAACAGCCAUUACGAGGUUUGUGAUAAGGGUUGCGGUACUACCUGCCAGAGCACGACCACAGCCGGCACCUGUAAAGGGCCGUGCCAGGAGGGGUGCGCCUGCAACCGUGGCUUCCUCCUCAGUGGUGACCAGUGCGUUCCCGUAGAGCAGUGUGGCUGCCAGUACAAAGGCAGGUAUUACAAAGCCGGCAAGACUUUCUACCCUGAUGGCCUGUGUGCAGAGGAGUGUGUCUGCAGUGGAACGGGGGUGUCAUGCAAGAAGUUUUCCUGUGGUCCAUCAGAAAAGUGUGAUGUGAAGAGUGGUGUCAGGUCCUGCCAAGCCAUUGGACAGGGUGUCUGCUCAAUCUCAGGUGACCCACAUUAUAACACCUUCGACAACCAGACUUACAAUUUCAUGGGAACCUGCACCUACGUAGCCGCUGAGGGCUGCCAUCUUGACGGUACCCACCUCACCCCCUUUUCUGUUGUGGUGGAGAAUGAGAAAUGGUACGACAUGUCAGAUGACCCAAAAGUGUCUGUGGCAAAGCUGGUGGCUGUGACUGUUUAUGGGAACACCAUAAUCAUGCGCAGAAAUCAAAUUGGAUUGGUCAUGGUGAAUGGCGUGAUGAUGAAUGUCCCUUUGAACCUCAAUGAUGAACAAAUAGUUGUUAAGCAGGUCGGCAGCAAUUAUGUCAUCUCAACCGACUUUGGGUUGAAAGUGACCUAUGACUUGGUGUACCAUGUCACUGUUACUGUUCCUGGUAACUAUCGUGACAAGACGUGCGGGCUGUGUGGCAAUUUCAAUGGCAACAAGGACGAUGAGUUCCAGCUUCCUGAUGGCAAAAUGACCAAAGAUGUGACCACUUUCGGGGCAUCGUGGAAAGUUGGUGUGCCUGGUGUGGUUUGUGAGGAUGGCUGCGUUGGUGACAGCUGUCCCAAAUGUCCAGCAAGCGAGAUGAAAGAGAUUGACUCUGACUGUUCCAUCCUCACCGACCCGAAGGGACCCUUCGCAGUAUGUCACGCUGUUAUCGACCCUGCGUCCUACUUCCGAGACUGCGUCUAUGAUGUUUGUGUAGCUGGCGCCAAGGGACAUACACAGAUGCUCUGCCACAGCAUUAAUGCCUACGUCAUUGACUGCCAAGACAUUGGUACCAAAGUCUUGAAUUGGAGGUCACAAAGCCUCUGUCGUAAGUAUGCAUUGCUUCUUUUUGCCUGCCGAUCGCUCUUAAGCCUUUACAAUUAAGUGCAGAAGUGUAUUAUCUAAAUGCUAAGAUUUGACACUGUACUGUCAUACAUCAUUAAUGAGGAACAUUACCUAUACUAAUAUCACCAAACAUAACCUUUCUGUGUCUCUCCUUGUCUCCAUUGAUAUCCUUAGCCAUGGCCUGUCCAGCAAACAGCCAUUAUGAGGACUGUGCUCUGCCCUGUCAGACCCCAUGUCCUGGUCUUACUAGCAUCAACUGUGCUGACACCUGUGCUGAAGGCUGUGCCUGUAACAGUGGCUACCUCUUCAAUGGAACAGGCUGCGUGCAGCAGGAAGAGUGCAGCUGCUACCACGACGGAAAGACCCUCAAGGUAAGUGCAGUCUCUGAGGGCACUGUGGUGCAAGCAGCAGCCCCGACCAUGUACGGCUUCGAAUCCGACCCGCGUUUCCCGACCCUUCUCCCCACCUCCUUCUCCAGCUCAUUUCCUGUCAAAAACCUUCACUAUCACUAUCUGAUUUAAGGCAAAAAGCCCAAAAAUAAAUCUUAAAAAAAAAAGGUAAGUGCAGACUCAUUUCACAGACGUCCCAUGUUGCAGCAGGCAAUCACAAAACCCUUUGGUUGAAUCCUACAGCAUAUGGGUAUGAUGGUGUGACGAAAAAAUCAGACUGUGCUCGCUUCUCUCCUCAGAUCGGGGAGACAGUAGUGACCGAGGACUGUGAGAGCAAAUACACUUGUCUGAAAUCAGGAGUGGUCGUGGCUGAGCACAUGUCUUGUAACAUCGACGAGACUUGCGGAGUUCAGAACGGCGUUCGCAGAUGCUAUCCCAAACAGUGCACAGUGGGAACCAAUGGGGUUUUCAGCACCUUUAAUGGCAGAACGGGUCAAGUCACCACUGGUGGACCGUACGAUCUGGUUCAAAUGUG